AUGCCGCUACUAGAAUCCCCUCCACCAAUCGAGAUGCGCACUUCUUCUCUGUCUCCCAACCAACACUCAUCAGAACCUCUGCUAAUCAAAUCCCCCACAAUGCAGGCCUUUGAGAACACCUCUACCAAUGUGGCUGCCAGCCAAAUGCGCAAUGCCCUCAACAACCUUGCAGACACGGUCAAAGACCCCGCGGAAAAGAAGAGAUUCGAGGCGGAGAUGGACAACUUUUUCUCCCUGUUCAGACGAUACCUCAAUGACCGAGCCAAGGGCAAUACCAUUGACUGGGCAAAAAUAAACCCUCCCAAUCCUGAUCAGGUCGUCGCCUACGAUGACUUGCCCAACAGCGACGCGGUCGAGUUCCUGAACAAGCUCGCAGUUGUCAAGCUCAAUGGUGGUCUGGGGACUUCCAUGGGUUGCGUUGGCCCCAAGUCGGUCAUUGAGGUCAGGGAUGGAAUGUCCUUCCUCGAUCUGUCCGUCCGCCAGAUCGAGUACCUCAACCGCACCUACGAUGUCAACGUCCCGUUUGUUUUGAUGAACAGCUUCAACACCGAUGAAGAUACCGCAUCCAUCAUCAAGAAAUACGAAGGUCACAACAUUGACAUCCUGACAUUCAACCAAUCCCGUUAUCCUCGUGUCCUCAAGGACUCCCUGCUUCCUGCGCCCAAGUCGUACGACUCCCAGCUCUCCGACUGGUACCCUCCCGGCCACGGUGACGUUUUCGAGUCUCUCUACAACAGCGGUAUCCUUGACCAGCUCUUGGAUCGUGGCAUUGAGAUCAUUUUCUUGUCCAACGCCGACAAUCUUGGUGCCGUGGUGGACCUACGCAUCCUGCAGCACAUGGUCGAGACCAAAGCCGAGUAUAUCAUGGAGUUGACCGACAAGACCAAGGCCGACGUCAAGGGUGGUACCAUUAUCGACUACGAGGGCCGCGCACGACUGCUGGAAAUUGCCCAGGUCCCCAAGCAGUAUGUCAACGAAUUCAAGUCGAUUAAGAAGUUCAAGUACUUCAAUACCAACAAUAUCUGGAUGAAUCUGCGAGCUAUCAAGCGGGUGGUGGAGAACAACGAGUUGGAGAUGGAGAUCAUUCCCAACGAGAAGUCGAUCCCGGCGGAUAAGAAGGGCGAGGCGGAUAUUUCGAUCAUCCAGCUCGAGACCGCUGUGGGUGCUGCCAUCAAGCAUUUCAAAAACUCACACGGAGUCAAUGUUCCCCGUCGACGAUUCUUGCCUGUCAAGACCUGCUCUGAUCUCAUGUUGGUCAAGUCGAACCUGUAUACCUUGUCACAUGGUCAAUUGGUCAUUGACCCCAACCGAUUCGGGCCUGCACCCUUGAUCAAAUUGGGCAGCGACUUCAAGAAGGUCGCGCAGUUCCAAAAGAGAAUCGGCAGCAUUCCCAACAUUGUCGAGUUGGAUCAUCUGACUGUGACUGGUGACGUUAACUUUGGCCGUGGAAUUGUCCUAAAGGGUACCGUCAUCAUUGUGGCUACUGAGAACAGCACCAUCGACAUUCCCCCCGGAUCGAUCCUGGAGAACGUGGUGGUUCAGGGAUCCUUGAGACUGCUUGAGCACUAG